AUGUCCCUAUUUGGAACAUCGCCCGAUGAUACCUCUGCGGUGAAUUCCACCCAGAGGUCAAAGUCUUCCCUCUUCGCAGACGAUACAGCUGGUGGCUCGUCUCUUUUUGCCGAUGACGAUGGCGACGAUAGCUCCUCUUCACCCUGGAACCCUCAAAACAACACCGCGAAGAGGAACGCUCGCAAGAAUUUAGUCCGGACCCUACUCCCCGCCACCGAUGUCCCUGAUAGCUAUAUUGAUUCCUACGAUCUGAUACUGAACAGUGGGGAUACGGUCGGCUCUGGUGUCGGAUUGACCUCUGUGCGUGAAAUCCUGUCUAGCAGUGAAUUGAGCGCAUCGGAACAAGCCAAAAUUCUUAAUUUAGUUGUCUCCGCCGAUCAGGAGAGCUCUGGCGGUCUGGGUCGCGCUGAGUUCAAUGUGUUGCUGGCGCUAGUUGGUUUGGCGCAGGAAGGCGAGGACCUAUCGUUUGACGCAGUCGAUGAUCGCCGAAAGAAGCUUCCUUUUCCUAACAGUGGUUUUCUCGACAGACUACAAAGGAUCUCCCAGUCGUCAUCAACUCUUGAGUCAACUCUUGAGCAGCCUGAGGAGGAACGUCCGAGUACUCCCCCUACACAGCUACAACCAUUUCCUUUACAGGAGCCCAAUUCAGCCCGAUCCCGGCGCUCAAGACGGGAGUCGCUGAAUGGCUUGGAGUCGGAUCCAUGGGGAACCCCGGAAAUGCACCGGAACCAUAGCCACUUGGCCGCUCCCGCUGACCAGCGUGCGUUGAAUGGAUAUGGCAGCGUGCGUUCUACGAUAAAUGCAUGGUCAGACAAACCUGUUGAACCAAUUCCUACUAUAGUGGCUGCUCAGCCAGAGCGCGCGAAUGGCCGAAACGAGGCUGUGCUACCUAGUAGUGUUGGAUCCGGCUGGGGUGGGAACUUCGGCGGAGCAUCUGGGGAAGAGCCUGUGUAUACUGCUGCACCGCGGCCGACCCUAGAUUCGUUCGGUCCGCCUGUGGAAGAUCCUAGCGAACCGCGGCGGCGACCAGCCGGUAUUACUCGGGCUACAAAUCCGCAAGUGGAGGAGUCUGUCACGAUCAAUCUUCUUCCCGAGAAAGAGGGACUGUUCAUGUUCCAGCAUCGCAAUUAUGAAAUCAAGUCAGCCCGCCGGGGUAGCACUGUGGUUCGUCGGUACAGUGACUUUGUCUGGCUUUUGGACUGUCUUCACAAGCGGUUUCUUUUCAGGCAAUUGCCUCUUCUUCCGCCUAAGCGGGUUUCAGUGAAUGGUACUCACCUUACAGCGGAUUCCAAUUCUUUCCUCGAGAAGCGCCGUCGUGGACUGGUUAGAUUUACCAACUCCCUCGUUCGCCAUCCUAUUCUUGGCCAGGAGCAAUUGGUUGUUAUGUUUUUGACCGUCCCUACCGAACUAUCCGUUUGGCGUAAACAGGCCACCAUUUCCGUUCAAGACGAAUUCAUUGGUCGGGAACUACCACCUGAUCUUGAAGACUCCCUACCCCCAACCCUCAUUGAAACCUUUGACACCGUCCGUAGUGGUGUCAAGCGGUCUGCUGAGAUCUAUAUUAACCUUUGCACGCUGCUUGAGCGACUGGCCAAGCGCAAUGAUGGCCUGGCCGCCGACAACCUGCGAUUCUCAUUGGCUUUGCAGUCACUGACUGAAGUGACCAAGGACACCUACUUCGUUGAUUCCAAUGAUGUCCCCUCCUUGAAUGUGGGUAUCACAGCCACUGCUCGACAUCUUUCUGCCAGCCAGAGCCUGUUGGAGGAUGAAGCGCGGGCCUGGAGUGAAGGUGUCCUCGAGGAUCUUAAGCGUCAGCGUGACGGAUUGGUCAGUGUGCGCGAGAUGUUUGACAGACGAGACCGAUACGCCCGCAACAACAUUCCCCAGCUGGAGCGACGUAUUGAGACCAAUAAGAUCAAACUUCAGGAAUUGCGGGCGCGUCCGGCAGGGACAGCAAAACCCGGAGAGAUUGAGAAAGUGGAGGAUUCUAUUUUCAAAGACAAGGAAUCUAUUGUGGAACAGCAUGCGCGGGGGGUAUUCAUCAAGGAGUGUAUCCGAGAUGAACUCUUCCACUUCCAACAGAGUCAAUACCAUAUCAGUCGGCUGCAUCAGGAUUGGAGCCAGGAGCGAGUUAAGUAUUCCGAAUUGCAGGCUGAUAACUGGCGACAGUUGAGUGAUGAAGUGGAAAGUAUGCCGACAGGCGAGUAA